AAGCUUUCAUCAAAUUCUCUGAAUAUGACAUAAGUUUAGUGUAUUCUAUGUUUUAAGGAUAAAGGAUACUUUAUGUUCUUGUAACCUAAAAUCUUUCUAACCAGAUUCUUUUGCGUUAACCUAUUCAAGAUUCUGGAUCAAAAUGUCGGACGGAGAAGUUGAUGUUGUUACCCCCGCACCCCCUGUUUCGGGUGGGUCAAUGGAUGUACACCAGGCCCUUCAAGAAGUUCUCAAAAAUGCCUUAAUUGCUGAGGGCGUUGUUCAUGGACUGCAUCAAGUAUGCAAAGCACUGGACAAAAGGGAAGCUCUUUUGUGCAUUUUGGCCGAAAACUGUGACGAUGAAAGGCUAAAGAAAUUAAUCUCUGCCUUAUGUGCCGAACAUGGAAUACCUUUAAUAAAGGUAGAUAAUAACAAAAAAUUGGGAGAGUGGAGUGGUCUCUGUAAAAUCGACUCCACUGGCAAAGCCAGAAAAAUUGUUGGAUGUUCUUGUGUCGUCAUCAGUGAAUGGGGAGAAGACACACCUGCUCUAGAUGUACUCAAAGAAUACAUCAAGUCGAAGUAAUGUAAUUAGGAGAAUAAAAAAAUUUUGAUUAA